AUGGAAGUGAUUGCGGUACCCCAGCUCUCCCUCCCCGAGAUUGCCAUCUCGCCUGCUCCGCCGCAAGAGAGCCUGCCCGAGCCGUUCUCACCGUUCGCGGCUUCUCACCCGCCCACCCCGACGCUGGCGCCCGCCGCGGAAGACGAUGGCUAUCGGUCGAGCCUUCUGAGCCCGCCGCCGGUCAUGUCGACGCGCUUCUUGCGCCAGCACUCUCCCCUCAUCCCAGAGUCGCUCAAGGCCAACGCCGGCCAGGGUCUUGAUGCCGACCGCUUCCAGCGCUUGCUGGCGGCCUCCAAGGAACGCAACACUGCCCUCGUCGGCAAGAAGGCGCCUGACCUCCGUAAGGAGAUAGCCAUCAAGACGCACAAAAGCAAACAAUUGGAACGACGCGCCUUGUUCCUUUCCAAGGUCGCAGCGCCGCCGUCACCCACGGCCACGCUGCUGCCCAAGACUCCGCCAGAGUCCCCGGCCAUCUUCCACUAUACGAUGCCGUCGCCUGGUCUCGAAUCGCCUCUGGCCAUCUACGAUCACGUCAACUCGCCAGAGUCGGCUAUGAUCACCCCUUGGAUCGAGCAGGUCGACUUCCGUCGCGAGCCUGAGCAGAAGAAGCCUCGCUCGCAUGGUCUGCCCUCCUUGGACCAGAUCCAAUCGCGCAUGGCCACGCACGGGCAGUCGAACAUUCGUAUGGAUCCUGCUCGUUCUCGCCCGGGUCUUCCGGCAUUCCUCCGUGCACCCUCGCCCCCGCGCAUCGUCGUGGAGGAGGUCGAAGAGGCAUCCACGAAGGUCGAGGAGCUUUCGCGCCCACGCCUCGUCCUUCCCAAGCGCGAGCGCGUGCAGCAGCCCCCAACGCCCCGUCCGGUUCUUCCCUCUGUGCGGGGCUCUCGCUCCCCGGUAAUGCCGACGUUCGCUCAGCUGAUGCCGACGUCGCCGAAGCGGCGCUCACCGAAGCCCGCCCCGCUGGAACCGGCAUCGUUGCAGAUUACGACGACCGUCAUUCCCAGCACACCCCGCAAGCGUUCCCCGACGGAUUUCACCGCGAGUAACCUCGCAUUACUCUCCUCUCGUGCACGCUCUGGCAACGCCAUGAUGGCGGCCCUUCGUCGCCGCACAUCGUCUGGUGCCCCCGUUCCUCCCCCAGCCUCGGAACGCUCUCGCCAGGUUCUUAGCCCCAUUGAGAGCGAAGAACGUAAGGCGCGCCGCAUCUCUGCACCUGCGGAAAUGCAGCGCCGUGGGCACGACUCGUUCUCUCAUCCGGUUCUCGCGCUCCCUGGUGGUUUCUGA